AUGGCGCAGAAACAGCUGAUCGUGGCUGUUGAAGGCACUGCCGCUAUGGGACCCUACUGGUUUACCAUUCUCUCCGAUUACCUCGACAAGAUGAUUCGGAGUUUUGUUGGAAAUGAGUUGACCGGUCAGAAGCCAUCUACUUCCAGUGUUUCAUUCUCUCUGGUCAUGUUCAAUGCUCAUGGUUCUUAUAGUGCUUGCGUAGUGCGACGGAGUGGUUGGACUAAGGAAAUUGACAUAUUCUUUCAGUGGCUUUCAGCUAUACCCUUUUCGGGUGGUGGUUUCGAUGAUGCUGCCAUCUCAGAAGGACUUGCUGAAGCUCUAAUGAUGUUCUCUGCCGCAAAUGGAAAUCAAACUCAAAAUGUAGAUGGGCUAAGACAGUGCAUUCUUGUUGCUGCAAGUAACCCUUAUCCAUUACCAACGCCAGUUUAUCGACCACAACUGCAAAACCUGGACCAAAGCGAUAACAUUGAGGCACAAGCAGAAAGUCAUCUAUCUGAUGCAGAGACUUUAGCAAAAUCAUUUGCUCAGUGUGCAAUUUCUCUUUCAGUCAUCUGUCCGAAACAGCUUCCAAAAAUUAGAGCAAUCUAUAAUGCGGGAAAACGAAAUCCACUGGCUGCAGAUCUGCCGGUAGACACUACUAAGAAUCCCCAUUUUCUUGUUCUAAUCUCGGAGAACUUUAACGAGGCUCGUGCUGCUUUAAGUCGCUCCGGAGUGACAAAUUUGGCAUCAAAUCAGAGCCCUGUGAAAAUGGAUGUGACUUCUUUUCCUUCCCUUUCUGGGCCGGCUUCUGUUCCUUCCAUUUCUGGGCCAACUUCAACUUCUAUUCCAGCAGCAAAUGGAUCUGUCAUGGGCCGGCAGCCAAUAUCUGUUGGAAAUAUCCCUCCUGCAACUGUAAAAGUGGAGCCCAGCACCAUCACCUCCAUAGCUGGACCUCCUUUUCCACACAUUUCUUCUGUUCCCCGCACUGCUUCUCAAGCUGUUCCAAGCUUACCAACUUCUUCACCUAUAUCGACAUCUCAAGAAAUGAUUUCAAACAAUGAGAAUGCACAAGAUAUGAAACCUCUCGUCAGUAAUGUGAUACAGUCCUUACGCCCAGCGGGUGGUGCAGCAGCGAAUGUGAGAAUUCUGAAUGAUGUUGCUCAAGUACGUCAAGCCCUUGCUGGAGGAACUUCUAUUGGACUUCCGUCUAGGGGUGGAACACCUAUGCUGUCAAACGUGAUAUCCAAUGGAAUGUCAUCUUCAGUUCCUCCUGCUCAAACUGUAAUAUCAUCGGGGCCACCAGGUGUUGCAUCAGUUGCUGGGUCAUUGCCAAUGACAGGAACUGGUCAGGUUGUGCAAAACUCGGCUCCUGCAUCAUUUACCUCCGCAGCUUCUAGUAUGCCUGGAAAUCCUAACAUAGGCAUGUCGCAACCUUUGAGUAAUCUCCAAGGAAAUGUUAAUAUGGGUCAAACAGUACCAGGGAUGAGCCAAGGAAACCUUCCAGUCACACAAAUGGUACAGAAUGGUAUAGGCAUGAACCAGAACUUGAUGAGUGGCAUUGGUGCAUCUGGUAUGCCAACUGGAACUGGCACGAUGAUGCCUACUUCAGGCAUGUCUCAACAACCAGGAAUGCAGCCUGUUGGUGUGAAUAACAAUAAUUCAGCAGCAAACAUGCCCCUGAAUCAGCAGACGUCAAGUACAGUAAAUUCUGCACAAUCAAAAUAUGUUAAAGUCUGGGAGGGUAACUUAUCUGGGCAGCGACAAGGCCAGCCUGUGUUCAUCACCAGACUGGAGGGGUAUAGGAGCGCAUCAGCUUCUGAGACGCUUGCUGCAAAUUGGCCACCAACAAUGCAAAUAGUUCGGUUGAUAUCCCAGGACCACAUGAAUAACAAGCAGUAUGUUGGAAAGGCUGAUUUUCUAGUUUUUCGUGCAAUGAAUCAGCACGGGUUUCUAGGGCAGCUGCAAGAAAAGAAGCUUUGUGCAGUUAUACAGUUACCAUUGCAGACGUUGCUGCUCUCAGUUUCUGAUAAGGCUUGUCGUUUGAUUGGAAUGCUUUUCCCCGGUGAUAUGGUUGUAUUUAAGCCACAGAUACCAAGUCAGCAGCAACCGCACCCACAGCUUCAGCAACCUCUUAUGCAGCCACAAAUUCCACAACUGCAACAGCAACAGCAACAGCAGCAGCAGCAGCAGCAGCAAAUGCCCCAGCUACAGCAGCAGCAGCAAAUGCCGCAGCUACAGCAGCAGCAGAAUGUGCAGCAGACAAUGAUCGUAAUCGACCUGGGUUCGUUGUUGCUCGUGUUGAUUGAAGGCCAGGGGAAUCAGCAUGGAAGAAUUGCAUAUAUCUCCGGCCUAUCCACGGGGGAGUCCAGGGAAGGAGCAACAGGCUGUCGGAGUUGGUAUUCUUCUCCAGAUCAUGAUGCUUGUUCUCUCCUUUGUCCUCGGUCAUGUUCUUCGACGUCAGUUCUAUUACCUCCCCGAAGCCAGUGCUUCUCUUUUGAUUGGUUUGAUUGUGGGUGGGCUGGCUAA